GGCGGUGCUAAGGAGUUCUUAAAUACAUCGGCGAAGGGGUUGGUUUACAAUAUUGAUCAAAUAGAUAGAAAACAGAGAGAAAAAUGGGGAAAGGGAAGUCGAAAAUCGAGAUGAAACUGAUCGAGUCACUGGCAGCUCGGAAUGUGUGUUUCACCAAGAGGAGAAACGGGCUCUUCAAGAAAGCAUUCGAUCUCUGCCGUCUAUUCCCGGGUGUCAAAGUUGCGGUCGUCGUCUUCUCUCCGGCGGGGAACCCGUAUGUGUAUGGCGACCCGACGGGGAUUUUCGAGAGUGAAGAGAGAAUGGGACUGAUGAGUCCAGAGUCGCAGCAGCAAGAUCAGCAGGGCCGCCGCGGCAGUCCUCUGUUUCCUUCGCCGUUGUCCGGCGAGAAUACCGCUUGGAAUAGCGGCGGGCCGUUGCCCGACGAAGACAUUGAGUCAGUUAAUUUUCCUCCGCAGUAUGCUUCGCCGCCCUCUGUUCUGGCCGGUGGCCAUUUUAUUUCUGAACCCGGCUGCUAUUCGCCGAUUGAGAAGGAGACACUCAAUACCCCGGAGAUUGUUGGUUGGGAAGAUGAUUGGCUGAUUACUGGAGAAGACAUUGGAUCAAUGAUCCGAGAGUUGGAGCCGGAGCAGGGCGGUGGCCCUGUUUUUCCACAGCAUUCUAAUUCCUCGCCGCCGUCCUCUGUUCAGCCGGAGAUACUCGGAGAAGAAGAAGUGGAUUCAAUGAUCCAAGAGUUGCUCUGGUAGCUACGGCCAAAUAUACCAUUUUGAAGUGAU